CGCCGCCGCCGCCUGCGGGCCCUGAGAGGGCCGCCUCUCCUUCCCACUUGCCGCUGCUUCUCCGCUUCUCCUCCUCCUCCUGUUCCUGCCUCCGCUCCCCGCCCUGCCGGGCAAUGAGAAGCUGCUUCUGCUUGAAACGGGGGAGCCGGGAUCAGCCGCCGCCAGCGCCCCGGGCAACAGAACAGUCCACGAUGCCUGAGGUUAGAGAACUUGCUGAUGCCUUGCCCGAUGUGCCCAUGGACCCAAUCACUGGAGUCGGGGUUGUUGCUUCCCGGAACCGAGCUCCUACAAAUUACGAUGUCGUUGCACAGACGGCAGAUGGCUUGGAUGCUGACCUCUGGAAAGAUGGCCUCUUUAAAUCCAAGGUCACACGAUAUUUGUGCUUCACACGGACCUUUUCUAAAGAGAAUAGCCACCUGGGCAAUGUCUUGGUCGAUAUGAAGCUCAUAGAUAUCAAGGACACCUUGCCUGUCGGCUUCAUUCCUAUCCAAGAGACCAUGGACACACAAGAAACUGCUUUCCGGAAGAAGAGGCUCUGCAUCAAGUUCAUUCCGCGGGAUUCUACGGAGGCCGCAAUUUGCGAUAUUCGGAUCCUGGGCCGGGGCAAACAAGCCCCUCCGCAGUAUACGUUCAUUGGGGAACUGAACAACAUGGGCAUAUGGUACCGCAUGGGCAAAGUACCCAGGAACCAUGAAUCGUCUCAGCCCACAACACCUUCUCCACAAGCUCCAGCUACAACGCCAGCUGCUAACCUUCCCAGGCAUAUAUCUCUGACACUUCCGGCCAGUUUUCGAGGGAAAGGGCAUGGCACUCGACCAGACUUUGAGUACCAGCACUCCAAUUUAUAUGCCAUAUCAGGCAAAGAUCAAAAGACGGCCUGGAUGGUCGCCAGAUUCUGCGUGCAGAUUUGUAGGCGCGGACCACCCUCCCAGAACAAAUUAGUCUGCUGGGAAAACAGUUGAAGUGAGCCUCCAGGAUGAUAGGGCCAAUCUGUAUGGUACCUCAAACUUUAAAUUUUAGGUUCUCAUGUGUCUAUGGGUUUAACUUAAUUUUAAUUCUUAAGCUGUUUGCUGUAUAUUGUUUUAAAUGCAUAUUUUAUUCUUGUGAAAGCUGUCCUAGAUGUGCCUUUCGAGCUGGUCUAUAACCAUAAUAAACAAAUGAAUGAAUAUCAUUACAUGAUCCAUGUGAUCCCUGGUUGUCUGGAAUUGCCUCAUCAAGACAUGAGAUAGACACACGCACACACACAUUGUGUGUAUAUUGUAAAUGAAAGUGGGGAGGCAACAGAAAAAAUGCAAAACAGGUGCAUGAACUGGUGUUAUUAUGUAAGUUUCAACCCCAUUAAAACUUCCAUAAGCAAAAAUUCAGCAGUCCUUACUCUAGCCCCACAGCUCCUGACAGCUAUAUUUAGCAUACCUUUUCCCCCUCACCCACUUUUAGAUAAUUUUUCUUGAGCUUGUCACAUUCUUUGUUCCAGAAAGUUCUUUAUUAACAUUGAUUUGAAAAAAACCCCACCUGAUCUUUGAAUGAGUCAAAAGAAACAAUUGGACGCGUUUUCAUAAUCACCAUGAAAUGCUGCAGAUAUGUAUAUACAUAGGAGAUAAUAACAGCAAUUAGUAGUUAGAAUUCCUCCUGUUUCUGAUCCCAUUGUUUGUUUUUUUCCUUUUGAGAGAACAAGUGCUUAUUAUUCAUGGAAAUGUUGUUCUGUUUCAGCUGAAACUCUCUUUCCUCCUGCAACUCAGUAUAUUUAGCCAAUGUGACCAAUGGGAGUUCAUCGGUGUGUUUAAAUUUGGGGUACUGUUGGUAGCCUUUGCUAAAAAUAUAGCUAUUCUGGAGGGAGAUGAAUUGCCGGUUUGACAAUUUGAGGUUGAAGCAGAGGGAUAUGAUGCACACAGAAGAAGAGCAGGCGCAUUAGAGUACAUAAUGCGUCAGUGCCUGGAAAAAGUGUGACAAUGCGCUUUCAGAUACAAUUGUAUUCAUAGCCCAUCUUCUCCAAAGUGUCAGCCCUCUUAACAAAACAAUGUAGAAAUAGAACACUGCAAAUAAGACCUUAGCUAAUACAUUAUGAUGUAUUUUUAACAUGUCAGAGCUGGUCCAUGGUAAGCCAGGAGCCUAAGAGCAAGUCAGGGUUGAAUGGCAAAUCAGGAAGCAGGGACAAAUCAGAGCCAAGAGUAAGGCCAAGUCCAGCAGCUUCAUAGGGCCAAGUUGGAACCCUUCUGGCCCCUCAUCUCAUCUGUCCCCUAUUGUGCUGAUAAAUGUAAUGCCACCUUUUGAUCUUCAGCAACUGGGGCACCAGAGAGCAAGUUAGCAGCUUCCUCCUCCAGCAUGGGCUGACAAGGAAAGAAGAACAUGAGAACAUUCAACAUUGCCUUCUCUGAGUCAAACCAUUGAUAUAUCUAGCUCAGUAUUGUUUACACCGACUGGCUGUCGCUCUCCAGGAUUUCAGACAAGGUCCUCUCCCUGCCAUACCAGGAGACACUAGAAAUUGAACCUGAGACUUUCUGUGCGUCAUGGUAGGUGCUCAUAGAGCUACAGCCCUUCUCAAAAGUACAUUUGAAUCUGGAGUCUCUAGUUUAAGAUCCCUAGCAAGAAAUAUGGGGCAAGCAGCAGAAGAUAUUGCUGGUUAUUGGGAAGUGAGCUUCCCACACUGACUGUGGUAAAUGGGUCAUGGCAAUAGUUUGCCAGUACUCUCUCCCUAAGGAGCAGCCAUGGAACAUGUCCAUCUCUCCGGUCUCUCUUUUUCCCGUCCACCCACCUUGAUACUUUCCAAAGCAUAGACUUCACAAAUAAUCUCUUGAUGACAGACCUUGACAAGACUGAUUUUUGCAACUCCGUGCUCACUUCUCUUUUGACACAGCAGCAUUAAUAACAGUUUGCAUUGUGCGUCUUGACAUUCUUAUUUUUUUAUUUUAAAAAAGCACAGCCGUUCUGAUAAAGGGCAUCUGCUUAAUUGCAGGUUUCCUUAAUUACAGCUCUGCGGAAGCUCAUCUGCUUGGGCAAAUCCACAUUGUAGCGCUGAGCCGUUUCGGCAUAUAUUUUCUCCCCUUUUCAUCUGCUGUGGGUUUCUCCACACAUGGCAUUGGUGCCUUUCGUAGCCUUUCUCCUUCCUUGAAGGAGCUCAGGACACUCUUCAGUUAAUCCUCACAACAACCCUGUGCAAAAUCUCCCCAUGAGCCCCAUAGCAGAUGGGCUCUGAACCUGAAUCUAAUUUUUUAUAAAUAUUUGGGUGCUUCCUGUCUUCUCCAAAGCUUCUAAAUUCAAAGAGUAGGUUUGGGGAUCUAGUAUGGUGUAGUGGUUAGAGGGUUGGACUAGGUUGUGGGAGGCAAAGAGUUCAAAUCCUCACUCCUCCAUGAAGCUCACUGAGUGACCUAGUCUCUGCCGCUCUUCCUAACCUACCUCACAGGGUUGUUGUGGGCAUUAAAUGUGGGGGGACGACGACUUGUGCACCACUCUGAGUUCUUUGGAGAGUAAGGGUGGGCCGUAAAUGCAAUUAAAUAAACAAACAGGCUAUUUUGCCAGGCUAUUGUUCUAUGCUCAGUAUUUUCUACACACUUACUGGUAGUUGUUCUCUAUGUCCUAGCUCCAGUAUGAAGAAGUACUGUACUUGAGCUCAUAUUAUGGUUUAUGCCUGAAAAUUUAAUGAACAAUUCAGUAUAUCAACAAAGCAAAAAUGAGAGAGAGGCAAGGCAGGUGCAAGGCAGUGACAGUGAGAAACCACACCUGAGGAACACACCUGAGUUCAGAAGGCCUCUUGCUCAAGCAAGUCCCUGCUUAUACAGGAAGUCCUAUGUACUCCCCUUCCUGCUUACAAGGAUCCAGUGACCAGCUCAGGUGGAUGGCUGAAAUCCAGCUCAUGAAAUGUAUCUCGACUGAGAAGCUGUCAUUCAGUAGUUCACCACAUGAGGGAACUGCACACAGAUCCAGUAGCUUCUGCUGUUUAUAGCUCCUUGCUGUUACUUAUGAGCCAUAGACGUCAUAGAAGAAAUAAGUCCUGGGGUAUAAUCGGAAGGCAAAUGAAACGGCCACCUUCCUGAAAUUAAUGUCUUCAGUCCAAGGAUGGGAAAUGGAGCAGAAACCCGUAUGCACUCUGCCAUGCAUUCCACAUACAUAAAAUAAAUGUGAUUUUUUAAAAAAUCCUCAUGAAAGUUCAUCAGCAUUUUAACAUGAAUUUCUCAUAAUGUGUAUGCUUUCCCCCCCUCACAAUCUUGCCCAACAGACAUGCUUUUUUGCAAAACUGUUUUAUCUAAAGCAUUGUGUGCAUUCUUUGGCGGGGGGGAGUGUGAAUUCUGAAGGAUAGCUGUGUUUCCCUUGAUGCAUGGCUUCAGACAGCGCAAAAUAGGGAGGAAAACUGAACUUAAAUGAAAACUGAAUUGAAUUUCUCCCUCAUCUCUAAUCCAAGCCCAGGCAGAAUGAGGCUGAGAGGUGGGGAGGGAGAGAUGUUUUCAGUAGGAAAUCCCAAAGUAACAUUAUUUGGAGGGCAUGUCAAAAACUUAUGUAGACAAGACCAGCUUGAGUGUAAUGGUUGUGCUGUGAGUAGAGGCUGCUAUGCUACGGAACUGUAGCUUUUUGACCAAAAUAUCAACAUUCCACACUAAAUUUCACUCCCACCAGUGGGUGUGGUGUGACACAAAGAGUGUAAUUGAACAAUGUCACUGCUUCCCCACCCCUUUCCACACAUACGUGCUUCUGUUGCCCCAUGAUCCCUCCAUGAAAAUAGCAGGAAAUAGCUGAAUGCUAGUUUAUAAUUAUAAUUAUUUAUUUAUUUAUACCCCGCCCAUCUGGCUGUGUUUCCCCAGCCAUUCUGGGCGGCUUCCAACAGAAAAAUAAAACACAGUAAUCUAUUAAACAUUAAAAGCCUCCCUGAACAGGGCUGCCUUCAGAUGUCUUCUAAAAGUCUGGUAGUUGUUUUCCUCUUUGACAUCUGUUGGGAGAACGUUCCACAGGGCAGGCGCCACCACCGAGAAGGCCCUCUGCCUGGUUCCCUGCAACUUGGCUUCUCGCAACGAGGGAACCGCCAGAAGGCCCUCGGUGCUGGACCUCAGUGUCCGGGCAGAACGAUGGGGGUGGAGACGCUCCUUCAGGAGGCCAUUUAGGGCUUUAAAGGUCAGCACCAACACUUUGAAUUGUGCUCGGAAACGUACUGGGAGCCAAUGUAGGUCUUUCAGGACCGGUGUUAUGUGGUCUCGGCGGCCGCUCCCAGUCACCAGUCUAGCUGCCGCAUUCUGGAUUAGUUGUAGUUUCCGAGUCACCUUCAAAGGUAGCCCCACGUAGAGCGCAUUGCAGUAGUCCAAGCGGGAGAUAACCCCUCCUCACACAAUUUUUUCGUUGUGCUCCUCAAUUUUGCAGGUUAAGGGGGCUGCAAACAGAUUUGUUUUCUGGAAUCAAAAAGCACAGCAAUAAGCGCUAAUUGUGUACUAUACUCUCUUACGUUUUCUGGACCUGGCUUUUACGUCGCGUGAAAGCUCAAACGUAAUGUGGAAAUUAACUGGGGAAUGUCAGGGGAAUGGAACAGACUGACACAUGAAUACAGUGUGAGAGAGACGUAGAUUUUGGGGACUUGGCUGAAAAAUAGUGCUGUGAAUCACAUCAGCAUUGAGUGAUGAUGGCUAAUGGUGCUUUCUUUGU